GUUAAAGGUCAUACAUUCAUUCAUGAACGUACGAAACCUGGAUAUAGAAAAUGGCUGGAAAUUUGUAUUUGUCUCUCUGCAAAAUACAUUCUAGGGCCUUAUUAUUUCCAAAGCGAUUUUUGAGCCCAUCGAUAAUAUUACAAGAAAUUCAACAUAGAAAUGCUUCUACCUCAGAAGAUGAACUAAAUGUCAAGUACUUGGAGGGAGACGAUGAAGGUAUAGUUGUUUUCGGGUUAAACAGACCAGCAGCUAAGAAUGCUGUUAGCAGAAAUCUCCUGAAGAUGCUUGAGGAUGGUCUAGGAGCCGUUCGUUAUGAUAAAAAUGUCCGUUCGUUGAUCAUUAAAAGUGAUGUUCCUGGGAUAUUUUGUGCUGGAGCCGACCUAAAGGAGAGAGUUACAUUUAGUCCAAAGGAGGUAGCAGCAUUUGUUGACGGGGUUAGAAAGUUAACCAUGGACAUUAGCAACAUGCCCAUGCCGGUGAUUGCUGCCAUGGAUGGGACAGCGGUUGGAGGCGGGCUAGAGUUUGCCUUGGCCUGUGACAUGAGGACAUCAACUACAAAGACACAACUUGGCUUAGUUGAGACAAGACUGGCCAUAAUUCCUGGCGGUGGUGGAACCCAACGAUUGGCCCGUCUUGUAGGCUCCGCUUUAGCUAAGGAACUAAUUUUUACUGCUCGUGUUUUCAAUGGAGCUGAAGCUGCUAGGAUGGGCAUUGUGAACCACGCUGUAGAACAAGACGAGAGUAAUGAGGCAGCCUACAAGAAGGCUUUGGAUAUUGCCAGAGAGAUCAUACCACAGGGUCCAAUUGCAGUGCAAAUGGCUAAAUUAGCAAUUAAUAAGGGUAUGGAGGUGGAUCUCACAAGUGGUUUAGCAUUUGAGGGAGCGUACUAUGCCCAGGUCAGUAAUAUUGAUUUUGUUAUUCAUAAAAGGGAUGUAUCAAAUUUUUGGCUCCAAUGCAUACAUAGGGUGCAUUUUUAAUGGUCUUGAUGGAUG